UAGGAAACAUUAGGGAGGAAGAAGAAACAAGUUUUUCAUGUCCAUGUUCUUGUUAACGACCAUGUCGUCGUUGUCGUCUUCAUUGGUUUUGUCACAUUGAACAUUCGAGAAACGGCGAGAGAGAGAGAGAGAGAGAAGGAGACGAAGGGGACAGAAUGUGGCACAGCCACAGUAAGGGAAGCUCGGGCGGAGGUAUAAAGAAAGGGCCAGUGACCGGGCUGGUUGCGGUGGCCAUAGACAGGGACAAAGGGAGCCAACAUGCCAUCAGAUGGGCCGCUGAGAACCUCCUCUCCAAGGGCAAAACCGUUAUUCUCAUCCACGUCUUCCAUCAACAUGAUCCUUCCUCUGGUUCCGCAAUGCAUCAUCCUGUGGCUUCCUGCAACAAUGACGGAGGCUUCUCGCCUGCACACAAACAGCUACUUGAGAAGCUAACAAAGGAUCUGUUCGUCACCUUCCAUUGUUACUGCACACGGAAAGAUAUACCUUGCUUUGAUGUCAUACUUGAAGGCACAGACGUAGCUAAAGCGAUUGCCGAUUAUGUUAACUAUGCUGCAAUAGAAUAUUUGGUCCUCGGGGCAUCAUCAAGACAUGGAUUUAUGAGAUUCAAGACAUCCCAUAUCCCGAGCAGCGUAUCAAAAGCAGCACCAGAUUUCUGCACCGUGUAUGUCAUCUCCAAAGGAAAGAUCUCCUCAAUGAGGAACGCUUCUCGGGGAGCACCUUUUGCCUCGCCCAUACUUGAACAAAUAGAAGAUGUGAAGGAGCAGUAUAUCGGCUUUGAAAGGAACUUCACCAACAGUAUGAGAGAAAGACGUCCUAGGAAGCUUGCCAACACGCACGAUGACUCCAUCAGGUCGCCGCUGUUUAGAGGGAGAGCUUCACCUCAUGGGGACAUGUCAGAAUCAGAAACUGAUAUAUCGUUUAUGAGUUCUGGAAGGCCGAGCAGUGACCACACAUUUCUCUGCGAUGAUAUCGAUGCAGCCUUAUCCUCCAGAAUCUCCACCAGCACAGACAGCUUAUCAAUGCGCUCAGGUUACAAGUGGAAUGAUACCAGUCCUCUGCACGAUUUCUCGUCAGUUUCAGAGGAAAGUGGAAGAACUUCAUGUUCAUUCUCAUCACACUACAUGGAUGAAGUGGAGCAUGAAAUACGGAGAUUAAGGUUAGAGCUGAAGCAAACAAUGGACAUGUACAGCACGGCAUGCAAAGAAGCGCUGAUAGCAAAACAGAAGGCAAUGGAACUGCAACACUGGAAACUCGAAGAAGAGCGCAUACUGGAAGAGUCUCGGCUCGCUCAGGAAGCUGCAGAAUCGAUUGCAGAGAAGGAGAGGGCUAAGUGCAGAGCAGCCAUAGAAACGGCCGAAGCAUCCAGGCGGAUCGCAGAGCUGGAAGCUGAGAGGAGAGUGAAGGCAGAAAUGAAAGCCAUGAGGGAUGUGGAGGAGAUGAAGAAGAUGUUGGAGAGGUUGAACGACAUGAGGUAUAGGAAAUACAGGAUUGAGGAGAUCGAAGUAGCGACAGAUUUCUUUGCUGAAUCCUACAAGAUCGGUGAAGGAGGUUAUGGCCCGGUCUACAAGUGCAAUCUUGAUCAUACACCUGUUGCUGUAAAGGUUUUACGCCCCGGUGCGGCUCAUGGAAGGACACAGUUCCAGCAAGAGGUUGAAGUACUCAGCCGCAUACGGCAUCCCAACAUGGUGCUGCUUCUAGGAGCCUGCCCCGAGUACGGGUGUCUGGUCUACGAGUACAUGGCCAAUGGAAGCCUAGAGGACCGCCUCUUUCGAAAAGGCAACACACCGGUACUUUCGUGGCGGCUCCGGUUCCGAAUCGCUGCAGAGAUAACCACGUCCCUCACAUUCCUCCACCAGACAAAGCCCGAGCCUCUUGUGCACCGGGACCUCAAACCGGCCAACAUAUUGCUCGACUCCCACUACGUGAGCAAGAUCAGCGACGUUGGAUUAGCAAGGCUCGUUCCUCAGGACGUUGCCGAUAACAAGACCCAGUGUCAGAUGAUUGCUACAGCGGGGACUUUCAGCUACAUAGACCCAGAGUACCAGCAGACAGGUGUGCUCGGCGUGAAGUCCGACAUCUACUCACUAGGGAUAGUGCUUCUACAGCUUAUCACAGCAAAACCCCCUAUGGGAGUCACACACCACAUCGAUCAGGCUAUUGAGAGCGGUAACUUCUCCGAUGUGCUGGACCCGGUUGUCACUGAUUGGCCAGUUGAGGAGGCACUUUGCCUUGCGAAGCUUGCGAUGCAGUGUGCAGAGAUGAAGCGGAAGGACCGGCCAGAUCUUGCAACGGUGGUCUUGCCAGAGCUGACCAAGUUGAGGAACUUUGCCGAGGAGAACACGAAUGACGUCUUAUGGGGCACCGCCCCUUACAAAGGUCCCUUCUCAGUUGUUCAGGAUAUCAUCAGCGACCAUUCGCUCGUUCACUCAGAUAGCUCACCGGCUCACUCAAACACAUCAGUAUAGCCACAACGAGCUAAUCGGGUUCUUAACUCCACGGCACGGCUCGAGUGAUCUCUGGAAGCAAACAUUGAUCUGCCUCGGAGAUCCCUCUGCAGAACCAAGUCGAAAGAAAUUUUUGUAGACUAGAGCAACUUGAUCAUUGAUUAUUGUAGCUUUCGGCGAGAUUGUGAUGUGAUCUACGACAUGUACAGGAACCAAAACGUCGCACAUAUGCUGCAUUAGGUGUUUAGACUGAGAGAAGGUGCUGAUGAUAACAUCUUCCUAGUUCUUGACUGUAUAUAUGUAUGUAUAGAAGAUUGACAGGGAACGAGAAAAUUAAGAAGCUAUACGUGCAUUUUUAUCGUA